AUGACAAUGGGGAAUGAGUCCCCAGUGGCAUGGUGUGAUGCACUUGAAAAGGACUUUGACAAAGCUUUCGUCUCAUUAGAUCUGCUUCUUGGGGAGAUUGACAGCGAUCAGGUAAUGGUUUUUUCAAAAUUAGUUAAGGUUAAUUAUGGAUGGAACUUAUCUAUGUUAUUGACUCCAAAAUCAAAGAUUACUUUCGUUUCGAGCAAGCUGCUUCAUUUUCCGAAUUUUACUAUUUUUCCCACUAAGUUUUCGCUUCAGGUUGAAAUCACCUAUGAAGGACGUCAGAAGAUGACAUCCCUUAGUGGUAGCUUUGCCCAACUAAUGCACAAAGCACAAUCGAUGCAUCACGCGUUAUCCAGAUACGAAAAGGUCAGCCAAUUGCAAAUAUUCCCUAAGGAAGCUCGAGCUGAUCGUGACGCGAUGGAGAAAGAAAUGCAGCAAUUGAUGUUACAGGGUAAUCGUUUUAUUGCGAACCAGCUACAUGAUGUACUUAUGCCAUCACUCCGUACAGAAUGUGAAUUGGAAGUGCUGCGAAAAGAGAGCGAUCGUCAACGGCAUCUGAUCGGGGCGCUGGAAACAGAGGUCUUUGGAGCGCGACUUGCUGCCAAGUAUCUGGAUAAGGUGGGCAGAAUCCAACAAAUCCAAUUGCUUGGACGAAAUAUGCGCGGAGUGGAGCAUGAUCGACUUUGGAAUCAACUAGAGGCUGAGAUUCACCUGCAUCGACAUAAAACAGUGAUUCGUGCGUGCCGGUAA